UGAUUAUUUAUUUAAAAUAUUAAUGAUUGGUGAUUCAGGUGUUGGUAAAAGUUGUUUACUGUUAAGAUUUUCUGAUGACGUCUUUUCAGAUACUUAUAUUACAACUAUUGGUGUUGAUUUUAAAAUUAAGACAUUAAAAAUCAAUGGAAGAGAUAUUAAAUUACAAAUUUGGGACACUGCUGGACAAGAACGGUUUAGAACAAUCACCUCUUCAUAUUACAGAGGGGCUCAUGGUAUUAUUGUUGUUUAUGAUGUGACAGAUGUUCAAUCUUUUAAUCAUAUUCGUCAAUGGCUUAAUGAGAUCGAAGGUAAUGCAUCUCCAAAUGUUGUCAAAAUGCUCAUAGGAAAUAAAGCUGAUAAAGAUGCAACCAAAGCAGUUUCAACUGAACAAGCAGCAGAAUUUGCAAAACAAGAAGGAAUGAAAUUCUUUGAAACAUCUGCUAAACAAUCAAUUAAUGUAGAAGCUGCUUUUCUAGAACUAGCCCAAGACAUCAAGAACCAAAUGAAAGAAACGCCUCGUGUUACUCCAGAUAAUGUUGCAAUUAAGCCUGAAGUUCAACAAGAACCUCAACCAGGAUGUUGUUAA